AUGUGGAUUGACAAGACGCGAACAUUUAUAUUUAAUCUUUUCGUACUUGAUGUACUUCUUCUGGCGGAACUUGUCGUCGCAAACCCUGGGAAGUUUGAGGAGAUCUCAGCCAAGCAUCCGAUUCACCUGGUCAUCCCACUUCCAGACAACGACGAUUUCUGCCAUGGAAAGAAUCCAUUCCUUCUUUCAUCUCCUAAAGUGCAACCAUUGGCAGAUCUAGCUUUGGAACGUGUUUAUAAAGAAGGGAUUCUACCAAAUAACUCAGUUAAUUUAAUCUAUCGAGACACAAAACUGUCGGAUGCAAUUGGUCCGAACGUUGUUGUCGAGCAAUUACUUCGAAAAGAAAUAGAUUGUAUUAUUGGAUAUGCAUAUGGAUAUGCUCUUGCUCCUGUCGCUAGAAUGUCACCAUAUUGGAAGAAUGGUAUUCCGGUUAUUACGCCAAUUGGUUUAACAAUGAGUUUGGACGAUAAGAAAGAAUACCAACUGAUGACACGAAUAAAUAGUCCGUAUAAAGUCGUCUCCAGCGCGGUGGGAGCACUCUUCAAAACAUACAAUUGGAAAAGACACAUUUUCAUGUUUCAUCACGCAAAAAGUCCAACGUAUGCAGUCGGAGAAUGUUUUCUACUUAUGGCCAGUUUGCAGCAUCCGCUUCGACAAAUCAUAGAAAUGCAACACAACUUCUUCACAUUCAAUGAAGAUAUCAGCGCCAACUUGACUCGAAAAGAACGUGACGAACAGUUCCGAGACUAUCUGAAAGCAAGUAGUGGAAUCGCGAACGGUUAG